AUGGAUGCAUUUAAACUAUUAACUCGGUCUGCCAAGUUCAAGACCAGUGCCACUCCGUCUUCGGCGCAAUCUCUCCCUUCCAAGGGCAAGGCUGAAACCCCCCAGCUUUUCCAUAAUGCCGAAGCCGAAAGGCUCGUCGCCGAGCAAAAACUAGGGAAAAAGCGGAAGAGAGGUCAUGUAGGGGAUGAUGAACCCCGAUCUGAAGACGAAGCGGAUCUAGACUUUUUUGGAUCCGGGAAAAGAUCUUCGGCAGCUAAAGCGGCGAAGAAGGAGCAAGUCGAAGUGUCUCUCCAGGAUGGCGUUUCUGAAGAUGAAGAGGAUGACUCUAUGGAUGAAGUGCAGUGUCGAACUAUUCUGAAUGCGCACAAGAUUAAGGUGACGGAUCUGCGGGAUCUGGAGGAGAUUCAGUCGGUGCAAGUGCCAACCGACGAGCCGAAGAAAAAGAAGAAGAAGAAGCAGCAGCAGAAAGAGAAAGCUUCUCAGACCCUCACGAAGAAGGAGCAGAAGAAGGCUCGUCAACUUUUCCCGCAACCGCUUGUCUCUUUCAAGGAAUUGCGCGCCAAGUAUAAAAUUUCGAGUCGUCUUGCAGAGAACAUUGCCGAACAGGGUUUUACUGUUCCGACGGAGGUGCAAUUGGGUACUCUCCCUCUGCUGCUCGGAGCGCCUGCCGCUUCCCAGAAGUCAAAGACGGACGAAUCGGUGGAACCGGAUCUCUUGGUUGUCGCGCCCACGGGAAGUGGGAAAACGCUGUCAUUCCUGAUUCCUGUUAUCAACAAGAUUGUGCGCCAUCACCACGAGCAGCAGGAAGAGCGGGGCAUCUUUUCUAUCGUUGUUGCCCCGACCAAGGAGCUCGCGGGGCAGAUUGUUAACGAGGGCCGGAAACUAGUUCGGGGAACCGGCGUGAAGAUCACGCUGAUGAAGAAGGGCAUGCUAGUGGCGGAGCGUACGGACGAGUCUGGAAGUGGCAGCAACGAUGUUUUGAAUGAAGACAGCUCAGACGCAUCGGAAUCGGAGGACGAAGAAACCAUCACGGAAAAGAAAGGCAAGAGUAAGCCGGCCGUAACCAAGAGUGAUAUCCUCGUCACAACGCCUCUACUUCUGGUUAAUGCGCUUUCCGAAAACCGAAAAAAACCACUGGCUUCUCUGCCACUGGUGAGAAACAUUGUGCUUGACGAAGCCGAUGUUCUUCUCGAUCCUCUCUUCCGCGAACAAACCCUUGAUAUCUGGCGCGCAUGCACGCAUCCAGAGCUUCGUGCGAGUCUCUGGUCGGCCACGAUGGGGUCUAAUAUUGAGGAUCUCACCAAAUCAUUGAUUAAGGAGCGCAAAGACGCCUCUACUCUGACAAAAUCCUACCCCUUGAUCCGCCUUGUCGUCGGCUUGAAAGAUUCCGCAAUUCCAAACAUCCAGCACAAGCUGGUCUACGCUGCAACGGAACAAGGGAAACUCCUGGGUCUCCGACAGCUCCUUCGUCCCUCUGCAGCAGCGGCCUCGGAUGUGCGUCUUCGCCCGCCGUUCUUGAUUUUUACCCAAACUAUCCCCCGAGCAGUGGCUCUACAGUCCGAAUUGCGUUACGACAUCCCCCCUGAGGCCGGUGGCUCUUCUCGGAUAGCGGUUCUUCAUUCGGAGAUGUCGGACAGUCAGCGCUCCGAGAUCAUGAAGGAUUUCCGCAAGGGCGAGAUUUGGAUCCUUGUCACGACGGAUCUUUUAGCCCGUGGAGUUGACUUCCGAGGCAUCAACGGCGUUGUCAAUUACGAUAUUCCGAACUCAGCGGCGGUCUACGUCCACCGAGUUGGAAGAACCGGACGAGCCGGCCGCGAAGGUGGCGUUGCUGUCACGUACUACACCAAGGAGGAUAUCCCCUACGUCAAGAGCAUUGCCAAUAUCAUCGAUGCCAGUGAGAAGCUACGCGGGAUGGAGGGCGACAAAUCCGUACAGAAGUGGCUGUUGGAUUCUUUACCCGAUAUUAGCAAGAAGAACAAGAAAGAGCUCAAGAAGCACGGCGUCAAGGCUAGACAGACGAACCCCAACGUUACUGAGGGCGACAAGAAACAACACCGGACCAAAAUCAGCACGAAGAGCGGCUUUGAACGACGGAUGGAGAACAAAAAGAAAGGUGCCAUCACGGCCAGUCGUAACAGGAAGACUACAGGCAAUCCUGGCGCAGAAUCUGAUAGCGAUGGUGGCAGCUGGGGUGGCCUG